CUCGUUGAAUUCCCGCUUAACGGUAAUGGACAAAAAAACGAGCAAAUCUUUCCAUGGUUUCUGAUCCAUGAAAAGGAAUGAAUUGGUACGGAGUCUUCAGCUUCUGAAAUAGGAAUAAUGGCGAUUAGGACAUUUCUUCGUUCCAGAAGUGUACAUCAUUUCUCCCGAACACUCUUCCAUUGCUAUCUUCCUCCACCCAAAAGCUUCCUGUAUUACCCUUCUUCUUCCUUGUUGGCUUAUCUACCCAUUUACAGCGGUGUUCUCGGCUCUCCGUUCAUAUCCUCAUUUACUGUUGCAGAAACAAAACGUGAACCUGAAAACUCAGACCAACAUUCUCCACACCUGGUGAAUGAACUUUGUCGUGUUCUUAGCGACUACAGAAACCCCCACCACGACAUAGAGUCAGCCCUCAAUCCAUUUUCCAGCAGAAUUUCAACCGACGUAGUUGAACAAGUCCUCAAACGUUGCAAAAAUCUCGGAUUCUCCGCUCACAGGUUCUUCAUAUGGGCGCAAAAGUUAUCAGGUUUUUGCCAUACUCAACAAAGCUAUCACAUUCUUGUUGAUAUAUUAGGAAGUAGUAAACAAUUCCCCUUGUUAUGGGACUUCCUUGUAGAAAUGAGAGUGAAUAAAUCAUGCGAAAUUACUCCCGAAAUUUUCUGGCUUGUUUUUAGGGCUUAUAGUAGAGCUUGUUUGCCAGCUGAUGCAAUUAGGGCUUUUAAUAAAAUGGUAGAUUUUGGGAUUAAACCAUGUGUAACGGAUCUCGAUAAGCUUUUGCUUGCACUAUGUAAAAGAAAGCAUACGAAGCAAGCGCAAGAGUUCUUUUACAAAGUGAAGAAUGAUUUCGUGCCGACUGUGAAAACUUACAGCAUUCUGAUUAGGGGAUGGGGAGAAUUGGGCGAAGUUGCCGAAGCACAAAAGCUUUUCGAUGAAAUGCUUGAAAGAGGCUAUGCAGUUGACUUGCCAGCUUAUAAUAGUAUUCUGGACUCACUGUGCAAGGCUGGUAAGAUGGAUGAGGCCUUCAGUUUUUUCAUGAAGACGAGGUCCAUUGGACUGGUACCUGAUGCUUUUACUUAUUCAAUUUUCAUUCAUGGUUAUUGCGCGGUAAAUGAUAUUCAUUCAACUUUCAGGGUUCUUGAACAGAUGAAAAGGUACAAACUUGUGCCUAAUGUAUUCACGUAUAACUGUAUCAUCAAAAAGCUUUGUAAGACCAAGAAGGUUGAUGAGGCUUACCGACUGAUAGAUGAGAUGAUUAACGGAGGGGUAACACCUGAUUGUUGGAGUUACAAUACAAUCUUAGCUUUUCAUUGUGAUCAUAAUGAAAUUAACUUGGCACUUAGGCUGAUCUCGGCAAUGGAACGUAACAACUGCACACCAGAUAGGCAUACGUAUAAUAUGUUGCUUAAGAUGCUUAUUAGGGUGGGUAGGUUUGAUAGAGUUGAGAAAGUUUGGGAGAGCAUGGAAGACAGGAAAUUUUAUCCUUCAGUCUCGACGUAUGCUGUCAUGGUGCAUGGUCUCUGUCAGAAGAAAGGCAAACUCGAGGAAGCAUGUAAAUAUUUCGAAAUGAUGAUAGAUGAAGGCAUUCCACCAUAUACAACAACCUGUGAAAUAUUGAGAAAAAGGCUAGUGGGUCAUGGAUUUGCAGAGCAAACAGAGAUACUUGCAGAUAAGAUGGAAAGAAGUACAUCUAGUUUAAUCCAAGAACUAGCAAACUUAAUGAGAGGUAAUAAGGCCUCCACAGAACUGAAGCAUGAUGAAGAAUACUCAGAUGAAAGUUACGAGUGAAAGAAUCAAAUGUACUAGAUUAGUCUCAAUUCCUAAGUCAAGGUGAUACCCCGUAUCGCGUGUUGUUUAUCGGUCAUCACAUGCUUGGCAUUCUUCAGUUUCUGAUAGCAGUGAGUGGUACUAACUUGGGAUCCCCAGUGGAAACUUCACGCUCUGAUAGCAAACUGUAAGCAGACUGGCAAAACCUUGGCCCGACCUAUUAUCUUGUGAUGGCAAACUGUAGGCAAAAAGAGGUGAAACUUUAGCCUAAUUGAGUUUCUUGUUCUAUAUAUUUCCAUAGCAAAGCCUGCAUUAUCGUUUUGUUGAGUUUUUUUAUGGUCCUGCUGCACUGUGGCUCCAGUUGCUCUUUAGCGUUCACUAUGUGCAAAUGAUAUCACUUGCUUGUAAAUGUCUUGAUAUGUGCAACCGGAAAGGUGAAACAAGCGAAUUUAAGGUUGUAUAAAGUGGAUAUGUAGAUGCAGACUUCCAGCUAUUCGAUAGUAAAGGAAUGGAAGAGGUGUAGUUAUCACUUGGAGCCCAAAUUUAUGCUGUUGGAUCUUUUCGCAUCCUGAAGGCAGAAGCUGAAGGGCUAUUAGUCUUCAAGGGUAAACAAGGGGUUUUUCCCAAAAACAAAAAGAAAAGCAAGGGGUGGCAAGGUCUGGUUGCUGGUUGAAUGAUGCCCUAUAUGCAGUAACUACUGCUGGUAUACAUUAGUUGAGGCAUACAAGAAUCUUCGGUUAUAGUUUGACUCGAUCAGGGCAUAUUUGGGACAUAGUAGUUCUUUUCUGUUUGAAUUGGAACAUCUGAAGUAAAUAUUUACUUGUGAGACAUUUUCAGAAAGUGCCAUGGAGAUGGAUAAGUGGUCGAUCUGUUGUUUCUUUUUCUCCGCAAGUGUAAUUAACUGCUGUUCAAUGUUCUGUUCACAUGAGCUAGUUGUCUCUUAGAUCCUGAAUGUUAUGCAAUACAUCUAUAAAAGUUGGGUUGCAGUACUUUUACUUUAUUUUUUUGUUUUGCUGUGUC